UUUCCGGGAAAUGAAGCCCAAGUUUGUGGACUUGUUAUGAAGUGCUCCUGUUUCUGGAUGGGGGUUUCAUUGCUUGUAUGUAUGUGACAAAUAUAGCAUAUGAAACUGAAAGUAAAUUAAUAUAUAAAACAGCUGCAGCACAGACUUGAUUGCUUUGAGUUAGAUACAAGACAACUUUGUACCAAAAAAGAGCUGAUAUAAAUAUAAGAAUAAACGACAUGGGAUUGUUAUUAACAAAACAAGAUGAAAAACUAAUACAGCAGUGGCAGCAACAACAAAAAGAACUGGAUAAACCAUGGAGGAAUUUUUCCUGGGGACAAAAAGAAGCCUUAAAACAAAAACUAAAAAACUUCUCUACAAGUCAUGAAGAUGUAAAAGACAUCAAUAUCCUGGUAGCUGGACAAAUUGGAGCAGGAAAGUCCAGCUUUAUUAACUCAGUCGAUAGUGCCUUUCAAGGACGGAUUACCUCAAGAGCACUAGUUAAUGCAGCUGAUGGUUACAGUCAUAGUUUCACACGAAUACUCAAAGGAUUCUCCAUCAGAUGUGGGAAAAAAACGUUGCCCUUCAUCUUCAAGGACAUCAUGGGCUUGGAACCUGAAAUAUUGGCUGGGUCACAAACAGAAGAUAUCAUUAAUGCUUUGUAUGGACAUGUCAAGGAUGGCUAUAAAUUCAACCAGGAGCAGGCACUCGGUCAUAAUGAUCAACAUUACAUCAGUGACCCCAACCUCUCCGACCAGUGUUUCUGCCUGGUUUACGUUAUAGCUGCGGAUACAGUCCAAUUCACAGAUGAUCGUCUCAUUGACAAGUUGAGGAUCGUCCGCCAGAGAAUCAGUGAAAAGGGGAUUCCUCAAGUUAUUGUCAUGACUAAAGUGGAUGAGGCAUGUCCUCUGGUCAAAAAUGAUCUUAGGAAGAUCUACAAAUGUAAGAAGAUCAAAGAGAAGAUGGAGUUGUGGAGUGCCAAAGUGGGUGUGCCAAUGAGCCACAUCUUCCCAGUGAAGAACUACCAUGAUGAGAUUGACACUAACGAUGACAUUGAUGUUCUGAUACUUAAAGCAAUUGAACAGAUUGUUCAUAUUGCCAAUGAUAGAUUGGAGGAUAGUGAAAGUUUAUAACAAUAAAAUAAAUAAUAUAAAAAUUAUCAUAAAAUAAUUAAUGCAUGUAGAGAGGAUCAUAGAAGGUCAUUUAUAAAUUUGGAAAUAUAUAGCAAGCUUCAGGAAAAAAUAGAUAAGUCAUGUAAAAUAAAGAAAAACAAAGAUUCUGCAGUAUUUUUGCACACGCUAGGUUACUAAUAAAAUAAGCAUUUUUUUACGCACAUCAAUAGCAUUAAAACUAUUCAGUUACAGCCUGUAAAUUACUGUAAUGUAUUAACCGAAUAAAUCCUAU